GUGAUUCAUAACAAAAAAACAAUCGAAAUUCUAUCAAAAAAUCUCCAAAAUAAUCAAUUUCUCGUCAAAUUCUUUGUUAAUUUCUGUUCAAAAUGAAUCGUUUGUUCGGCAAAGGAAAGCCCAAAGAGCCUGGACCAUCAAUUUCUGACUGUAUAGCUGGCGUCGACGCCCGUGCUGAUGGCAUCGAAGAGAAGGUUCGCAAGCUCGAAACGGAGCUCAAAAAGUACAAAGAUCAAAUGGCGAAGAUGCGUGAAGGACCCGCCAAGAAUUCCGUCAAACAAAAAGCCUUGCGAGUCUUGAAACAAAAACGCCAGUACGAGAGUCAACUUGAAAACUUGCGAAAUCAAUCGUUUAACAUGGAACAAGCGAAUUACACAGUCAGCACAUUGAAGGAUACACAAGCCACGGUUGCUGCGAUGAAAGACAGCGCCAAAGUAAUGAAAAAGGAAUUCAAGAAAAUCAACAUCGAUCAAAUCGACGACUUGCAAGAUGAAAUGGCGGAUUUCAUGGAUCAAGCAAACGAGAUCCAAGAAGCAUUGGGACAAACUUACAACACUCCCGAGAUCGACGAAGACGAGUUACAGGCAGAACUCGAUGCGUUGGGCGAUGAAAUUGCAUUAGACGACGACACGUCGUAUUUGGAUGAUGUUGUAAAAGCGCCCGCAGCUCCUGAUGCGAUCCCCGGAGCAGAUUCUGUGCUUGCGCCGGGCACCAAGAACAAAGACGGCAUUCUCGUCGACGAAUUUGGAUUACCUCAAAUACCAUCGUCCGUGAAAACGACAUAAAAUAUCCCUUUUUAUUCAUAAAUUAUUCGAUUUGUGCAUUAACACACGUGAAAAAAACCAAUUAAAAUCACUCUAACCACUAAAAUUAUUCACUCGUC